UUUAAAGCUCUUUUUUUCCCUUAGGAAAGUGAAUCUGGGUUAGUGACGACACUUCCCCCUCUCCUCGGAUUUAUCCCUGAAGUUUUUUUUUCUCCCCCUCUACCAUCCUGGCGUUGUGAAGUCAACUUUUCUCUCUUUUUUUUCCCAGUUUAAAGUAAAAACAGUAACAUAAACCAUGUCGCCGCCGUCCCGACGGCUUCAGACGAAGCCAGUGAUUACCUGCUUGAAGACUUUCCUCAUCUCCUACAGCCUCAUAUUCUGGUUCACAGGCGUGAUCCUGCUGGCUGUCGGCGUGUGGGGGAAGGUGAGCCUGGAGGCCUAUUUCUCUCUGGCCUCUGAGGAGAGCACCAAUGCACCAUAUGUCCUCAUCGGGACCGGAGCCAUUAUCGUUAUUUUCGGCCUGUUCGGUUGCUUUGCUACAUGCCGCGGCAGCCCAUGGAUGCUCAAACUGUAUGCCAUGUUUCUGACCUUGGUGUUCCUGGCUGAGCUCGUGGCCGGUGUCUCAGGCUUUAUCUUCAGACAUGAGAUCAAGGCCAAGUUAGGCGUUGCCUAUAAAAAAGCUGUGAAGUCCUACAAUAGCACAGACAGCAGCAGCAUUGCAGUUGACGCCAUCCAGAGGACUUUGCAUUGCUGCGGUGUGAACAAUUACACUGACUGGAGUGACACAGCUUACUUUGAAAAGAAUGGCAUCCCUGCCAGCUGUUGUAAAGACAACACCAACUGCUCACCAGAGACCCUAAAAGACCUCGACAAGGCUGGGAAAGAGGUGUACACAACGGGCUGCUUCUCACGGGUGACCCAUGUGAUGGAGUCCAACUUGGGAAUCAUCGCAGGGAUUUCUUUUGGGAUUGCAUUCUUCCAGCUCAUUGGGAUAUUCCUGUCCUGCUGCUUGUCUCGAUACAUAACCAACAACCAGUACGAGAUGGUCUAACAGUGUCCACAGGUCACUGAUGGGCAGCUCCUGAUGCAAAUUGAGUUGAAAGAAUCUCCUGUGAUUUUAUUAUUGUGUGCGUGUCAUAGUUGAUAUUAUUUUAGAGAGGGAAAAACACUCAUAGCUUCUUCUUUUUAUGUAGUCUGACCAAUGACAAACAAGCAGAAGGAAGAUUAUGUACAGGAAAUCCAAAAAGGGAAGUUAUCUACAGUGUAGUUUGACCAAACGUUUAAGGGACUUUUUCAUUUUGGAGAUAAUUUGUUACUCCUGAGAUUUAAUUAGGGAUUUCUUUCAAGCGUAGAUGUAGACUUUCAUUUGAGUUAAAUAACUCAACCAAUUGUCAUUGAACAUUUCCAUUUCUUGUCUUUGUAUAAUGCAGCUGCCUUAUUUUGUAAUUUUGCUAAAAAGUUAGUCUGUAGCUAAGCAGAAGAAAUCUAGACAGUAAGCUGAUAAAUGUUAAACUUUCCUGCAACACUAAGUGAAUUUCUGUGUGUGUGUUUGUGUGAAACCAACAUAAUGGGACAAGGAGGUCGUCACCCUGAAGUGUGUGUGUGAUUAACUGUCACCACUUGAAAAUGAGCCUUACUGAAUACCUAGGCCAGUAUUGUUGAAAUCCCAGUGUUAAAUUGUUAUUCUUUUGUGGAUGCAUGUGAAAUACUUGAAGAAAAAAAAUAAAGAUGAAAUUUAGUAUC